AUGGUCCAAGAUUGGAAAACCCUCGUCGCGGCGAAACGUGCCCAAGUGGCUAAGGCGCUGCCGCAAGAAUGGCGUCUCCCCUCGAGCAUUCUGGACACUGUCAGUCCCACCGCUGAUACCAAUGUCCUCGAUGUUCCAGCGAAGUGCGGCCUUCUCACGGAGAAGGAGAUUGAUAUCACCGAGAACCAUGAUGCUACCGACUUGAUCGCCAAGAUGGCGGCGAAAGAAUUGUCCUCAUUUGAAGUAACACAAGCAUUCUGCAAAAGAGCUGCUAUCGCCCAUCAAGUGACAAACUGUCUGACAGAGAUGUUCUUUGACAAAGCUCUGGAGAGAGCUAAAUAUCUCGAUGAUUACCUUGAGAAAGAAGGGAAACCGAUGGGACCCUUACACGGAAUGCCUAUUUCAGUCAAGGACUCCUUCAACCUCAAGGGCACGUACUCGACCAUCGGCUAUGUGUCAUUCAUCAGUCGCCCAGCAGCUGAAAGCAACUCGGCCUUGGUUGACAUUCUCCUUGACAAUGGCGCGGUGUUGUACGUGAAAACCAACAUCCCGCAAACCCUGAUGACGGCGGACUCGGAGAAUAACGUCUUCGGUCGGGUGUUGAAUCCCAACAAGCUCAAACUCACUGCUGGCGGAAGCAGUGGCGGAGAGGGCGCCCUCGUCGCCAUGCGAGGCUCGCUCAUCGGUGUCGGAACUGACAUUGGAGGAUCCAUCCGUAUCCCCGCCUUCUGCUGUGGCACGUUUGGUUUCAAGCCGUCCGUCGAUCGUGUCCCCUUUGGAGGUCAAACCAAUCCUGUUCUCGAUGGCUGGACGGGCAUUAUGCCAGCAGCGGGGCCUCUCGCACAAAGUCCUCGGGAUCUGCGGCUCUUCCUGGAAACCGUCAUCAAUUCCAAACCAUGGAACUAUGACUAUACGGCCCUUGCCAUGCCCUGGCACCCCGUGGAGGACAAGAAGACUUUGACCAUCGGCGUGAUCAUCGAAUGCCCAACCUGGCCUGUGCAACCCACCAUCAUACGGGCCUUGAAGACAGCAACGGACAAGCUCAAGCAGGCCGGACACAACAUUGUCAUGCUCGAAAAGUUCCCCUCGUUUGCAGCAGCCACUCAGCUGUCUUGGACCUUUUUCGACAUCGACAACGAAGGCACGGGUUUCAAACACAUCGAGGCCUCAGGGGAGCCGUGGGUUACUUCUGUCAAGGACAUGUAUACUCCUCCGCCAGAGGGACGCAAGGUGAAGAGCUUGGGCGAGCUCUUAGACAUGAACGAGGAACGCCUCAAAUUCCGAAAAGACUGGUUGAAGGUCUUCAUGGAGAACAAACUGGACGUGAUUGUGGCCCCGGGGUCUCACAAAACUGCGGUGCCGCACGACACAUUCAGGAUGCCCCCUUACACGGUCAUGUGGAAUCUCCUCGCGUACCCUGCCUGCAUCAUCCCUUAUCUCAAGGCUGACAAGAAUAUCGACCUCCCUGAUUCGAGAAUUCCAGACUAUGACCCGGAAGCCGUUGACGGAGCCCCGUGCCACGUUCAAGUUAUCGCAAGAUCUGAGCAGGAUGAGGAAUUGAUGGCCGCUGUGGAGAUGAUAUCAAAGGUCCUCCUGAGUUAG